GAAAAACCGGGAAGUGACGUAAUGGUUUGCUUCACUGAGGGACAACGAACUUGACAACACCAGGAGUGAUUACUUAUGUUGUUUGUUUUUGUCGUUUAUUUUCCGUCCAUUUAGAAAGCACAAUUAAAAUCUCGCGGCAGUAUGAACAAUUUAGCACAAACGCCUUGGUGAGUGCAGCCAAUGUAAGCUAACUCUACGACACGUCUUCGCCUGACUGCCCGAGAUUGUGGAGUAGCUUGCUUACGUUGCAGAUAACGACUCUUUAGUUUUCAGUAAAUGGCCUGCACUUUCGAAAAAGUGUUGGGAGAUGCUCGGACCCUUCUCGAAAGGUUGAAAGAGCAUGACACCGCCGCCGAGGGACUGAUAGAGCAGUCCGGGGCCCUCAGCCGGAGGGUGCAGAGCAUGACGGAGGUGGGCAACGCUCUUCCAGACAAGCACACAGAAGACAGCUCAGAGAUUCAGGAGCUCACCAAGUACAAGCCCCAUGUCCUUCUGACUCAGGAAAACACUCAAAUCAAGGAUCUGCAGCGGGAGAAUAAGGAGUUGUGGCUGUCUCUGGAGGAGCACCAGUACACGCUAGAGUUGAUCAUGGGUCGCUAUCGCAAGCAGAUGCUCCAGCUGAUGAUGGCCAAGAAGGAGCUGGACACCAAGCCAGUGCUCAGCCUCCACGAAGACCACGCCAAAGAAGUGCAGGGCCAGUUGGAGCGGAUAUGCGAGAUGGGCCAGGUGAUGAGAAAAGCUGUCCAGGUGGAUGAUCAACGCUACUGCACGGUUCGAGAGAGGCUCGCUCAACUAGAGAUUGAGAACAAGGAGCUUCGCGACCUUCUGGUCAUCAGCAAGGGAUCUGUAAAGAUCCUGACAGAAGGACCCGAGCAGCCGCCAAACGCAGAAACUGCAUGCGAACAGUCCCCUCAGGCGGAUUCCAACGAUACGUGAAAGCAGCACCAGAGCUGCAUUUGACACUUGAAGACUGAAGCAAGCUAACUGAGUAUGUCUGAGAAGGAGCUGGGAAAGAAGUGGGACCGAUGCCUAGCGGACGGUGCCAUUAAACUAGGUGCCGGGCUUGGGUUAGGAAUAGUGUUUUCUGUCCUGUUUUUCAAAAGGCACACGUGGCCGAUUUCAUUUGGCUCUGGAGCCGGACUUGGCAUGGCGUAUGCCAACUGUCAAAAUGACCUCCGGUCCCAUUACCUGCGGCACACAGGCGAUAAGGCGCAGUAACUUCACAUCAUCAGGGGACUUUUUUUAAUUGUAAUUUUUUUUGCAUACAUUUUGUUUGCUCCAUCAUUUGCACUAUUCUACAGUUUGAUCCAUGCUUCCUGUUCGUAAUCCUUACCGAGUUUGACUGUAUGGUUCAUACAUGCCUGAUCAGGACAGUCUGUGUUUAUUUAAUAAAAUAAUCUUGGCUAUGUAUAAAUGAGGAAUGACUUGGUGAUAAAUUGUUCCCCGUGUGCCUUAUAGGGGAUGGAAAGCAUGUAAUGUUCUAUAAUAUGAUAGUAUUUCUCCAGACUGGGGUAAUAUGAUGCAUUUAACAGCCAAAAGAACCUCAAGACGAUGCUGAAGAGAGUUAAGAAUGUGCUACUGCCAUUAUAAAAUAAGAUGCUUCAGAUUUUUUUGUGUUCGAUUUAUUUUCUGGAGGGUGGCAGGGAGGGCAGUGGGUGCUGCAGUGUGACUGCUAUCCCAUAAGGUGGUGGGCUUGGUGAAGGGGUUAGAAUCUUGGCAGCAGCAGAUGAAAGGAGUGUAAUUAUGUUGGAGAUUAGUCAGUCCUGAGGGGGCACCAAAGCUUCAUUUAUUCUAUAUUUAACUGCUCCGGCUGGAAAGUGAAAAUCCAUGGCGUCAAUUUUUGUGUUGGGAAAUACUGGGAUGAGCAAAUGCGACCGCCAUUUUCUUAUGUGGAAUGUAGACUGGUUCUCCGAUGGUAAAUAUGAUUAAACACUUCAGAGAAUAAACUUCUGUUAAUGAUCCGUUUGUGACAGAUGUCACCUAAUUGCUGUUCAAUUCUUUUUCCACACAUUUGAUCAAUCAAAAUGUCCACGUUUCAAGUUUUUAAAACAC